AUGGAGCCAGAUCCUAGUCCUCAGCUGCUGGAAGUCCUACGCUCGCACCAGGAAGAGAUCACCGUAUUGCUGGACACAUGGAUGUCAAGGCUCAGCGCGCAGCUCGCAGGCUGCUGGGUGCCGGAGUCAACGAUGUCUGUGGGGAGAUCUGGAAGUCCGAGACGUGAGCUUGAGCCGCUGCCUUUAGACCCGUUAGACCCUUUAGACGCCUGCGACUCUGCAGAAUCAGCCGGAUCCGACUGUGAGCCUCCAAUGGACAUCUCAGGCGAAAAGGUAAGGCAAGAGGCUACAGAUUCCAACGAGAAGGUUGAUAGCAGCUAUGUACUGGCGAGGCAGACUGAUCAUCGGAUCUUAACCGCUUUCAACAAACUCACAUCCUUCACAAUCUAUGGGCCGAAUCAUCCGAAGAAGGCGAAGAGGCUGUCUGGAUGGGCAGGCGUCCGAGCACGGGUAAAGGCAUUGAUGAGUUCCCACGCUUCACACAUGUUUUGGGCAAUGGUGAUUAUGACGAACUCUGUGUACUUGGGAGUGCAUCUCGAUUGGAGCGUCGAUCAUCGAGGCUCUUCCGGGAAUCCCACCUUCUUCGCCCUUCAUUUGGUGUACGCGCUCCUCUUCACUCUCGAAGUUGGCUUGCGAAUCAUAGCCUGGGGAUGCAGAGCUCUGCUAUGGGGCCAGGACUGGCACUGGAAUUGGUUAGACCUGUUCGUCGUGAUCUCAUCAUGGGUGGAGUUUGCCCUCGACUUGGCAAACUCAGCUGAGGAUCAGGUGAGCAGGGGCAACAGCAACUUCCGAUUGAUGAGGCUGUUGCGACUUGGUCGGCUCGUUCGUGUUGUGCGCAUUGUCCGCGUGGUACGCCUCUUCCGAGCUUUGAGAACGUUAGUGGCAUCAUUGGCGGGAACCCUGAAAUCACUGUUUUGGUCUUUCUUGCUGCUGGGCUUGAUCAUCUACAUUUUUGCGAUCCUCUUCACAGACAUUGUUCUGGAUCACUUGAUAGAGUACGACGUCGCCCGGUCCAGAGAUGACCCGAUGCAGUUCUACUUCGGGAACCUCUACAGCUCCUCAACGACAUUGUAUCGCUCGAUCUCGAACGGGCUUACUUGGCAUCUUGCGGCCGAUUCCUUGGGCCCUGCAGGCGAGUUCUGGGUGCAAGCCUACAACUUCUUUGUGGCCUUUUCCGCCUUCUGCGUUUUGAAUGUCAUGACUGGUGUGUUCUGCAACAGUGCUAUCAAAGCCGCAGAGAACGACCACGAGCUGGCAGUGCAGGCGUCGGUGCAGAUGCGGAAGGAGCUGAAGGACCAGGUUGUGCAGCUCUUCGGUACCAUCGAUGAGCGGGGUUUGGGCCAGCUGACGAUCUCUGAGUUUGAGCGGCACUUUGACAAUGAUGCUGUCAAGGCAUUUUUCGAGGUCCUCAAAAUCGGAGCCGUGGAUGCUUGGACCUUAUUCACGAGCUUGGACAAGGAUGGGGAUCACACCGUGAAUGUGGAUGAGUUCGUUGAGCGCUGCCUUUCGGAUGCAUAG